AUGCGCCUCUCGCAGUCCAUUUUGCUCUUCGUAGCGUCUAGCUUGCCAUUUGCAGCUGGCCAAAGUACGCAUGGCGAUGAUGAAUCAGACAAGAUGGGCCCAGUGGCUUUUAUGUGGCCACCAGAUCGCGAAUGGGGAGCUGCAGAAGACAAUACGGCCCCUUGUGGUUCCGCUCAAGGGGUCACUAAUAGAACGGACUUUCCAUUACUCAACGGAGCACUUGCUCUUAUAAUCCAAGAUGACUCGUGGAACGUCCAUGUGUCCAUCUCGUACAAAGACGAUCCCAAAUUGAACGACGAUUUUGAGCUCUUGAUCGAACCUAAGCGGAUUGACUCGCUCGAGCCCGGUCAUGAAUGCUACCCGCUCCCCUCCCCCCCAAGAGACAUCGAGGAAGGAGCCAAUGCUACACUUCAACUAAAAUACCUCUCAGAGUUCGACUCAAAAGAGACAGAAACAUUCUACGCUUGCGCUGACAUUAAAUUCGUGGCUGCAAGCAAGUUCACAAAACAAAUACCAUGCUUCAACGUCACUUCAGAUGACUUUGUCGCUCCCAGCCCGAGCUCGACAAGCUCCUCAACGCCGAGUAAAGAGACGUCAAAUUCGGACUCGGUGUCUUCGAAGGGAUCAAACGGGCUUUCAGGUGGUGGUAUUGCGGGAGUAGUAGUGGGGAUUGUGGCUGGACUUGCAUUGAUUGGGCUUGGGUUCUUCCUUGCCCGCAGGUAUCAGCAGAAGAAACGGAUUCGUUUACACGAACUUUCGGUACGUAGUGUGAAGUGGGAUGAUGUUGGGAACCGAACUGCCUCGCCAUGA